UCCUGCUGCCCGUCACAACCUACUGCAAACACUACGACAAGCAGUUUCUGCAUUCAAAGCUACUGCCCCACGCCAGCCUUCCCAUCGCUCAGAACACACCCCUUCUGCACUACUCAACGGCAAGUAUGUCUUCGUCAGGUGCGAUGCUCUCCGCAACCCACUUCAACGCCCCUACGACGGACGCUUCCCGGUUUUUGCAUGGUCAGCGAAGUUCCCGACGAUCAUUGGCACUGGCAGACACGACACCGUCAGCAUCGCUCGAGUGAAGCCGGCCACCUUACCCAAUGGGCCCCCAGCCCAGCAUUACCCCCAACAAACCACGUCUGCACCAGUCUGCCCACAGUUCUAUGAGCCCUCCUUUCGUUCUCAGGUACCUACUACUCCUGAUGAGGAUCCUGCAUCCGAACCUAUGGACCCAGACACCCCUCCCGGCGCCCCUGAGGACUUUGCACCUGCCACGAGAGAAAAGAUGAUUAAGGCAUCCGUCCACUGGUUCAGGCAUGGGCUGCGUCUCCAUGACAACCCUGCCCUACUGGAAUCAAUAAAGGACACGGAGAAGUUCUAUGCUGUCUUCAUCCAUGAUGGACACACAGCAGGUACAAAUAUAACUGGGUACAAUCGACUGAACUUCUUAACUGAAACCUUGAAUAGCUUAGAUGAACAGUUGCGUGAAGUUGGGUCACAACUGUUUGUGUUCAAGGGAAACCCGACAGAAAUAUUCAGGAUUCUACACAAAGAAGCUGGGAUCACCCGCAUCACAUGUGAACAGGACUGUGAAGCAAUAUGGAAUAAACGUGAUGGCGAUGUAAGAAAUUUGUGUCAGGAACUUGGAAUGGAUUUUGUCGAAAGGAUCUCACAUACGCUAUGGGACCCCUUCAAGAUAAUUGAGAACAAUGGUGGCCAGCCUCCUCUUACCUAUGAGAUGUUCUUGCAAGUUGCACAGACUCUAGGUCUUCCUCCUCGGCCAUGCCCAGAUCCUGAUUGGAGCAAUGUAUUGUUUGGAGAAAUUUCUGAUGAACUUGCAGCCAAACUAAAGUUAUGUCCUCAUGUUCCCAAACCAGAAGAGCUCGGAUGCACUAAAAAAAAUGGAGAAUGUCCAGUAUAUGUGGGAGGAGAGCAUCCUGCUUUAUUACAUCUCGCGGACCGCCUCAGGGUGGAAGAAGAAGCAUUUCAAGAUGGUUACAUCUUGCCCAAUCAGGUGAAUCCAGAUCUUCUUGGUCCACCAAUGAGUAUGUCUGCAGCUUUGAGGUUUGGCUGCCUCUCUGUCAGAAAAUUUUACUGGGACAUACAAGAUGUAUAUGUCAAAAUGUAUGAAGGAGAGUCUCCUCCAUCUCACUCCCUCACAGCACAGCUCAUCUGGAGAGAGUAUUUUUACUGCAUGUCUGCUAAUAAUCCCAAGUUUGACCAAAUGAAGGAAAAUCCUAUCUGUAUUGACAUUCCCUGGUACGAUAGUAAAGAGAAGCUCUCUGCUUGGGAGGAAGGGCGAACUGGAUAUCCCUUCAUUGAUGCUUGCAUGAGACAACUUCACAAGGAAGGAUGGAUCCACCAUGUGUGUAGGACAGCAGUAGCAUGUUUUCUGACCAGAGGUGACCUGUGGAUCUCUUGGGAGGCAGGACUGAAGGUUUUCUAUAAAUACCUGAUUGAUGCAGAUUGGUCAGUAUCUGCUGGUAACUGGAUGUGGGUAAGCUCAUCUGCCUUUGAGCGACAGCUGGACUGUUCUACUUGUAUUUGCCCAGUCAACUAUGGGAGAAGAGUAGAACCCACUGGUGAUUAUAUCAGACGCUAUGUGCCUGAGUUAGCUUCAAUGCCCCAAGAAUAUAUAUUUGAACCAUGGAAGGCCCCACGCAAGUUGCAGAAGAAGGUGAAGUGUAUUAUUGGCCGUGAUUAUCCAGAACGUAUUGUUAUUCAUGAGGAAGUUUCACGGAUCAAUCGCAAGAUGAUGAAAGAGAUCAGUCUCAAAUUGAAGAGAGAAAUGCCACAUUGCUGUCCCUCCAAUCCAGAUGAAAUUAAAAAAUUUCUUCGCCUUCCUACAACUUGUUACCAUAAUGUGUGCUAAUAUAAUUCAUGAAGAACUACUAACUCGCUCAAAGAUGAGCCAAGUUCCAUACAAUUUAAUUUUCACCUUUAAAUUAGUGGUUCUUAAACUUGUUUCUUUGUGACACAGAACUUGAUCCGGUCAGGCAUGCUUGCGACCCAUACUGUACAGUAUUAUAAUUACAAAAAAUUAUUAUAUUUGUUUUGUUAGUGUGUCAGUAUAAAAGCAUUAGAGCAAUAUAAUAUAAUAUAGCUUAAACUAAUAAUAUAAUAUCAUGAAAUGUAAAUAAUGUAACUCCAAUUAAUGAGGGGAAUGACAGUGUUUUGCCUUCAAAGUGAGGUGUUGUGGCAGACAAGCUGUGUCUAUGUCAAAGAUUCGUCUUUGUCAUUAUUAAUGUUUAAGUCCUGCCUCACAAAGGUACAUGGUUAUGAAUGGUUGGAGGACUUUAAGAGCUUCAGCAGCAACGAUUACUUUUUCAUUGUACCGUAGUGUGUGACCCAGAAAGAACUGAUGGAGAUUGCUGGUUGAAACUUUGGCAGAGUAAUUCAUCAUGUUGUAUUUCUAUCAGUUGUUGCUGCAGUCAGGUUGUGCUGUCUUUAAUAUUGAAAAAGAUUAUGAACCCAGCAGUAUUUCCUGUUAUUCAGCAGGAAUAUACUGUAGUGUUUGAAUCCUUUUCUAAGAUUGUUCAAGUGCUCCAAGUUACUGCCAUGAAUGUUUGCAAACGAUGCUGAUGCAUUUUCCUCAAAGUCUUCCAACAGGUGGCUUAAGGAUGGGAAAGACCCAGUUUUUCCUUGCUCCAUUUUACUUUUCCACAACUUCAGUUUGUCCUUAAAUGAAGACUGCUUGUCAUUGAGUUUGAUGAAAAUGUGACCCCAUCCUUGCAUGGAAGCAUUCAGGCAGUUCAUUUCAUCGAAUAACUUUACAAAGUAGGCCACAUGGAGCAACCAUUUCAACUCGAGAACCUUCCCCAGACAAUUGUCCUCCGCCAACUGCCCCGAUAGGACAACUGCCCCUGGACAAUUAACCCCCAUUGCCAGUGAAUAACUGGCACAAAACAUGGAACACUAAGAAUUAAUGCUUUAUUUUCAUGUUUUAUUUGUAGUAAUAAUUAUAUACACCCACCUCUCAUUUUACGCGGGGGUUACGUUCUUGAAAACCACCACUUAAUUAAAAAACACAUAAAUUUAGCAAUUUUCCCAUAAGGAUACAUGUAAAUGGUACAGGUUAGGGGAACCAUCGUAUACCGCACAGGGUACGAACAGUGCUCUCACUUAAACCAAGCACGCAGCCAACCUCCGACACGCGCUCUCCUUUCUGAAGGCGGGUGAUCACAUUUAAUUUCAUGUCCAUUGCGAUUGUUUUUCAUGCCUUUUUAGCUUUAGGCACCCCAGAGGAGGCAGAUGGACAUUUUCCAGACAUGCUCAAUGGGAUAACAGUGUUUAACACUAAAAAGAUACGUGAUAAACACACAAUGCAAAUGAGAGCACAGAGAAAAAGUAGUGCUGGUGUGAACUGAGAAAGCGAUACGUGGGAAGCUUGCUGGACGUCGUCACAGUUGUUGUACAGAAUACUUCA